AUGUAAGUCUUUUGUCAAUUUGUAAUAUUAUUCGAAAAUUUCGAAAGAAAACAAUAUUUUCUGCUCUAAUUUGGGGAGGAUAUUAAAUAACUCAAAUAAAUUAAUAAAUUUCAUUAAUAGCUUUAGUAAUAUUCUAGAUUUCACUCUAUAUAUUUGAAUUCUCUUAUUCUAAUUUUAAAACAGUUUAGAACUGUUUAAAUAUAUUUAAUAAAUCAGAUUCCAUUCUGUCAAUCUAAAGUAUAUCUAACAGAAUAAUACUUAGUCUUUUUGAUCUACGAAUUCAGCUUAUACAUCAUGUAAGACUCUUGUCAAGAUUGAAC